AUGGAUUUCUUCAGCUUCAGCUAUCCCGAACCGCAAACGCCGACGAGGACUCCGGCUUCGUUCGGUGACUCCUUCCCCCCGAAACUCGAGUCCAGCUUCUUCGACCCUCGAGUGACCUGGGAUACCUCUGACCCCUAUGCCUCCAGUCCGGAGCUGCACCGUACACCACAGAGGUUCGGCCUCGCCUCCACCUUGAAGGGAGGUCCGGCCCCGAGUCAUGGAGAGAGUUACAAGGGAAGGGUGGACCAGACCGAUACGGCCAAGCGGAUUCGUGCAGUGAGGCCGAACCAGAGUGCGAGCGAAGACUACCCUCCGAUGGGCUCGGCCAAGUCAGCGGCUUCGAUGCAGACACCUCCUCCUACCAGUGCGUCCAGGCGGAAGAUUCCCGAGUUCGACGAGGGGGAUGGACCAGGGGCAACACCGGGGAUGGGUCAUCUGGAAACCCCGAGUCGUCUUUUGGGGGCGUCUCCUCGCAUGUUUGGCAACCUACAAUCUUCGCCCGACUUGUUCCAGCUGGCUUCCUUGGAUCCCACGGGCUCUCCUUUCUUCCCACAGCAGCGGUUAUUCUGGGAUCAGGAUCUAGAAAAUGCCGGUGAAGUUCCUCUACCCACCAGCAAUGGCUUGGAUUCUCAUCAGAACUCCGACACACAUCACAUUCCUCAAUUACCAACCAUCGAUGGCUCAAUUGAUCUUCCCGAGUUCGGGAACGGGUUUGGGAUUUCAGCAGCACCACCUACCGACGCUGCUCUGUUCCCUGCACCGUUCUCGACUUCUCCCCGGAUUCCAGUUACCAAAGCAGAGGACCCAGCCUUGUUCCUGAGCUCUCCCGCCCGACGGUUUGGUGGGCCACAUCUCACGCCGCAGACAAGGUCUCUGCGUGGCAUUCGACAACCGUACCACCAUCAGACGGAAGAAUCGAAACGGGAGGAGCUUCUCCGUGCCCAGGCUCCAGAUGGGCAGCGACCUACAUCGUUUGUUGGUCUGAGCGAAAGCGAGGAAGAAGAUGACGACUUCACACCGAGGGGCACACGACCGGGGCUGACCCGCAGUGUAACUCACACUGCCAUCACGAGCUCACACAGGCCGCUCAGUCAAGCUGGGGGUAUGAUGGCAUCCACGAGCGGGAUCCGAAAGAGCCCCUCCAAGGGCCGUUCGUCUCCGGCGAAAGGGAUGCGUUCUACCCCCCUUGGCUCGGGCCAACUCGGUUGCCACCGGCUUGCCCACGCGCUCAUCCUCCGUGAUGGCUCUGCAACGGAGAGCGAAGCCGACCCGGCAGAGUACUCGGAGUAUCCUGUCUUGCAACGUGCUCAGUCCUCCUUUUCCAUCUUUGACCUCAACCGCCGUCCACUUUCCCGCAGUGAUUCUGGCUCCCGGCCUCCUUCGAAGGGUUCAUAUGCCUCCACUGUCGGCUCUUCCCAUUCGGGUCGAAAGUCGCCUUGGGCUAGCUCUUCGAGAGGGGCGGGGCGAGUGAACCAUCGUGGUUCUCCUGAUAUCAAGCGGACCCCCAAGCGACACUCUUCUCUGCUUCACUCCGACUCCACCUAUACCAGGGGUAGUGCGGCUUCCGACUCGUUGCCCGGAGAGGACGACGAUAGUGGUGACGCUACACAUGCACUCCGGCAGGUCCUGAAAGAACGCGGCCGGGGACCUAGACCGUCUAUAAAUGGCUUUAACAACCGACUCUCCCGCUCAUCACAUACCUUUACCCACCUCCGGUCAUCCCCUCCGCGCCUCGGCAGCGAUUUCGACAUUCACCCCCGACACAAUGCCUCUCCUACCACUCUGACCGACCCAGAUCUUGCCACUCCCAGCACAGAUCGUCACAGUAAUCCAAGCAAUGGUACACGAUGUGUCUGCCGCUCGAUGGAUAAUGGUGGCCAUCUUAUGAUUCAAUGUGAAUCAUGCACACACUGGUUACACACCCGGUGCGUCGGAUUGGAGCGUGCAAAUCUGCCCUCUGUAUACGUCUGCAUUUUCUGUGCCCAAACGCCAUCGAGACAGAACCGUGCCCGAACCUCUUACGUGCCCACGGGAAAUGCCCCUCCCUCUCCUUUGGCCCACAAGUCCUACCGCGUCCGUGCUUUCAUUCGCUAUGUCUGCCUCUCUCCCUGGCAGCCGGGAUCUCCCCCAUCACAAUAUGACCUCUCCACCUACUGGGGUCGGGUGCGCCAUGCCGCCGACAUUGCUGAUCCUCGAACUCUCUUUGUCUCAGGCGCUGGUCUGGAGAGCGCUAAGAGCCUCAUCGCUUCCUACAAGCAGAACCGUAUCCCGGUUAUGACGCCUGAACUGUGGUCCGCGAAGAAGGUCGUCGAUGCGACUUUGCAUCCUGACACUGGCACACCAGUUCUCCUCCCCUUUCGCAUGUCAGCCUACGUGUUCUCGAACUUGGUCGUCACUGCGGGCAUGUUGACUCCAGGACUCGGGACAUCCGGUACCCUCCUCUGGCAAAUCGGAAACCAAUCUCUCAACGUCGCAAUCAACAACGCAAACGCAAACAAAUCCACCCCCCUCUCCACCUCCCAGAUCGCCCAGUCAUACCUCAUGGCCGUCUCGGCUUCCUGCUCGACAGCUCUCGGCCUGAAAGCUCUCGUCCCCCGUCUCAAGAGCAUCUCCCCCAACACCCGUCUCAUCCUGUCCCGUCUCGUCCCCUUCGCUGCUGUCGCCAGCGCCAGCGCCCUGAACGUCUUCCUCAUGCGCGGCGAGGAAAUCCGCCAGGGUAUCGAUGUCUACCCCGUUCUCUCUGCUGAAGAGCGUGCCAAGCGCGAGCUGAUCGAGGACGCUGAGCCGGUUCAGAGUCUCGGCAAGAGUAAGAAGGCUGCUACCCUUGCAGUCGGCGAAACUGCCAUCUCGCGUGUUCUGAAUGCCACGCCAAUUAUGGUUCUGCCGCCUCUUAUCUUGGUCAAGUUGGAGAAGACGCAGUGGCUGCGUGCCCGACCUCGUAUGAUUAUGCCUGUUAAUCUGGCGCUUAUCUUGGGUACUUCGCUCUUUGCUUUGCCGCUUGCACUGGCGGCUUUCCCUUCUCGUCAGGCUAUUAGUGCUAGUAGCUUGGAGGAGGAGUUCCGGGGUCGUGGUGGUGAUCAGGGUAUGGUUGAGUUUAACCGCGGAAUGUAA